UUGAGAAACAAUUCCCACAAACUCGAGCACUCAACCUAUAGCAAUUUCAUAUAAAAAAACAAAUACGCUAGUGGAACCUUGCAACAACCUCAGCAAAAAUGUCAGCAUCAUCUAAACAAGGAGAGAAGCAAAGCACCAACGAUAAGGCCAACCGACCCCCAUCAAAUACUCAAAAAUGUCCAUUCAAUGUGAAGAUGGUGCUAGAGGAGCUAAGACUUCAACGAGGGAUAGCCCUUCCUCUUGUGGCCAUGAACAUUGCUUGUUUCGCCAAGACAGCCAUAACAACAGCUUUUCUUGGCCACCUUGGUGAGCUGAACCUAGCCGGUGGCGCACUCGGCUUCACUUUUGCUAACGUCACUGGCUUCUCUGUCUUGAACGGUCUAAGCGCUGCCAUGGAACCAAUAUGUGGACAAGCACAUGGAGCCAACAACGUGAGGCUCCUUCACAAGACCCUUCUCAUGACAACCCUGUUGUUGCUCUUGGCAUCACUCCCCAUAUCUUUCUUGUGGCUUAACGUUGACAAGAUUUUAGUUCGUUUUGGCCAACAAAAAUAUAUCUCAACCGUGGCAAGAACAUAUGUUUGUUAUCUCAUACCAGACUUGUUGGUCACCUCGUUCCUUUGUCCCUUGAAAGCCUACCUCAGCUCUCAAUGCAUCACUCUUCCAACCAUGUUUAGUUCUGCUGUGGCUCUAGCCUUUCACAUACCCGUUAACAUGGUAUUAUCCAAAUCCAUGGGGCUCCGAGGAGUUUCAAUUUCGGUUUGGGUGACUGAUCUCAUGGUUGUGAUUCUUCUGGCCACUUAUGUUGUGGUUCUUGAAAGAAGAAAUGGGAGGAGGAUAGGAGGGUGGUGGGAUCAGAAUAUGAUGGAUUGGAUUAGGCUAAUAAAGCUUUGUGGUUCAUGCUGCCUCAACACUUGCCUUGAGUGGUGGUGUUAUGAGAUUCUAGUCUUGCUCACUGGUCACUUGUCUAAUGCUAUGCAAGAAGUGGGGGUUAUAGCCAUUGUGUUGAACUUUGACUACUUGCUUUACUCGGUGAUGCUUUCUCUAGCAACUUGUGUUUCCACUCGUGUGUCCAAUGAGCUUGGUGCUAACCGAGCUGGUUAUGCUUAUAAAUCAGCACGAGUGUCUUUGGUGGUGAGUGUUAUAUCAGGUUGUGUUGGUGGUUCCAUGAUGGUGGCUGCUAGGGGGAUUUGGGGGAAUUUGUUUAGCCGUGACAAGGGGGUUAUAAAGGGAGUGAAGAAGACAAUGUUGUUGAUGGCUCUAGUGGAAGUGUUUAAUUUUCCAGUGGCAAUUUGUGGAGGCAUAGUACGAGGAACUGCAAGACCAUGGUUAGGCAUGUAUGCAAAUCUUGGUGGAUUCUAUUUGCUGGCGGUGCCACUGGGUGUGAUUUUUGCCUUCAAGCUUCGCUUAGGACUUGCUGGACUUAUUAUAGGAUUCUUGAUUGGUGUUGUUACUUGCUUGAUUUUGUUGUUAAUGUUCAUUGUGAGAAUAAGUUGGGAGGAAGAAGCUACCAAGGCACAAACAUUAGUAUGUGCCACACAGGUAGAGGAAAGUCCCGCAAAUGAGGUAAGUGAAAGUAUUGAAGACCAUGAGAAUGAUCAAGUGUGCAAAGAAACUCUGUCAUCCCAAAUUCUUGUUAGUGAGGAGAAGUUAGACACGCUAGAACCCGUAAAUAAAAUCAAGAGUCAAAUCCGGUGAUCAUAUUCCCGUGUGUACAAUUUGUUAAGUCCCUUGUCAAUCCGAUUCUGAGUGUUUGUAAUAAUCCUGAAUAUCAUUGCUAGUUGUAAUCCUAGUAACGAAUGUAGUGAGAGUUCAGAUUUAAAAAUUA